AUGGAAGCGGAUUGGGACGAGCUAGCCAUCGCUCAGCUGCCUCCGCCUGGACCGCAUCAUGCUGCUGUCCCCAUAUCCACCUUCGCUUUCGACACGACCCAAGAGCUGUUGUGGACCGGCAACAACCAUGGUCGAGUCACGUCUUUCUACGGGCCUCAUCUUGAGCGCUAUACGUCGUACCGCGGACAUACUCUCGCCGACGGUCCCGUGAAGCAGUUCCUCUUCACAGAAAAGGGCAUUCUAUCGAUAUCCAAGCAGAGCGUCCACUACUCCCAUCGACGGGGACUUACACAAUGGCAUCUCACGAGUUCCGACUUCGUCGACCUCAAAUGCAUGAACUUCACCUCUAAGGGCACACGCGAAAUACUCGUUGCAGGAUGUCAGGAGCGCAUGUUCAAAGUGGACGUAGAAAAGGGCAUCAUCACAGAUACUGUACUUGCGGAAGCCCAAUACACCAUCAUGAAGCGUGCCGGUCAAUAUCUCUGCGCUGCGACAAAGACUGGCGGUAUCCAUAUUCUCGAUUCAGGCUCCCUGUCAGUAAUCAAAGUAUUCGAAGGACAUACUGGCAGCAUCAGCGACAUGGACGCAAAGGGUGACUUUCUCGCAACCUGCGGCUGGUCUCCAAGACAACAAUACGCUUACAUGCUCGAUCCUUUUACCAACGUUUUCUCCCUGAAGACACUGAAGCAGCUUCCUCCGAUCCCAUUCCACACUGGCGCAGCCUUUGUACGAAUGCACCCUCGCAUGUCGACUACUGCUUUCAUAGCUUCACAAAACGGCCAGAUGCACGUCAUUGAUUUGAUGAACCCCGAUGCCGCCGUCCCCCGCCAAAUCAACCUAUACGAUUCAUAUUUGGCAGGUUUCGAGAUGGCACCAUCUGGUGAAGCUUUUGCCCUGGCAGACUCAAAUUCUCAUAUUCACCUUUGGGGCUCCCCUUCCAAAGUGCACUUUCCGGAGUAUAGUAAUCCAACUGAGACUGCAGAUCAUCCUAUACCUCCUCCAGCAAUGGACUGGAGCUUAGACACUCCUUUAAACACAGUCGGCAUGCCCUACUAUAAAGAGCAAUUACUCUCAAGCUGGCCAAGUCAUAUGGUCUUCGAAGUCGGUGCUCCGCCGGUCAAAAUCGACAGCGCAAUCCUCAGCAGUAUGACUCGUGCGGAUAUUGGUUUCUUUGCGAAGAACCCUCGAACAAAACGAAGGAAUCAGGUGGAGGUCACCCGACUUGGCGAUCGUGUUCUCGACUCCCUCACAGCACCAAAGUUCCUGAGCGAAAAGAGUCGAGCCUCGCAGUCAGUCGUUGAACCCGACUCUAAAACCGCGGAGACCAUGGAGACCUUGACAGAUCUCCAUCUAGAUGAUGUGACACGGAAAGAUGUUCCUGCAAUGUAUGGCAACGUCGAGAUCAAGUACAGCAAAUUCGGUGUUGAUGACUUUGAUUUUGCUUACUAUAAUCAAACCCCUUACUCUGGGCUGGAAACUCACAUCACCAAUUCAUAUGCCAACCCACUACUACAACUUCUUCGUUUCACGCCUUUGAUACGUAAUCUUGCGCUACAACACACCGCCUCGCCGUGCCUCUUCGAAUCCUGCCUAUUAUGCGAACUGGGCUUCCUCAUAGACAUGCUGGAGAAAGCUGCUGGGCUCAAUUGCCAAGCCUCCAACUUCCUCAAGACCUUUAGCGGGCUAUCAAAUGCGGUGUCGCUCAAUCUACUUGAAGAAUUUGCACCCAAUGUCGCACUUACCAACAUGAUCCAGAAUUUAAAUCGUUUCCUCUUGGACAAGGUAUCUGAAGAGUUUAGGCAGAUGUUGCCAGGACAGCCUGGACCAUCAGCAAUGGACCAAGUACUAGAGACACAGGCAAGAGCGAGUAUGCGGUGUGCUCAAUGUGCCAAUGAGACUAUUCGCGGAGGUAAGAACUUCGUUUCUGAGCUCGUAUACCCUGCCAAACACGUCAUGAAAAAUACCCGGAUACCACGCCCGACAUUCUCGCAAAUCCUGAAAGCCAGCGUGGAGCGACAGGAUCAGACUAGAGGAUGGUGCACAAAAUGCAAUCGCUAUCAACAGAUGGUGCAAAGGAAGACUAUACAGUCUGUCCCUGGCGUCCUAAUGCUCAACGCAGCGAUCCAGAGUCAUGAGGCGAAGUUAUUGUGGGCUAUCCCGAAUUGGCUACCACAAGAGAUUGGUAUUAUAGUAGAUCAGGGCCAGUUCUACUGCUUCGAGGGCCAGGAUCUCAAGCUGCACCUGCAGCGCGGUGUGUUCGACAUCAUGGUAUAUGAGCUUAUCGGAGUAGUUGCAGACAUCAACAGCGGCGAACACCAAAAGCCUCAUCUUGUGGCUACCAUCAACACCGGGCCCUCUUCUCGCGAACCGGAUGCGGAAGAUAAAUGGUAUCUUUUCAAUGACUUCUUGGUAAGACCGAUACCGAAAGAGGAAGCACUGCGUUUUGAACCAAGCUGGAAGCUCCCCUCGGUCUUGAACUUCCAGCUCAAAGCUGCGCGAAACAAGAUUGACGACUCCUGGAAGCAAAGUCUCGACACUUCCAUUCUCUAUCGCUGGUGGUCCUCCAACCCACCACCCCCAGAAGAUAAAUUUAAGCUCCUCCAACCUUCCACUGAAGCCCCAUGCCCCGGAUACCCCGUAGCUAUUGAUGCAGAGUUCAUCCGUCUCCAAGCGGAAGAGAUUGAGAUGAAGGCAGACGGUACCCGCCAAACGAUCCGACCGGACCGCAAAGGCCUCGCCCGUGUCUCUGUAUGUCGAGGCUCUGGUGAACAUGCCGGGCUCCCUUUUAUCGACGACUAUAUUGCCGUCACUGAACAGGUUGUCGAUUACCUCACGGAAUGGUCCGGUAUAUCCCCUGGCGACCUCAAUCGCGAAACCUCGCCUUACGCUCCAGUAAGCCUGAAACAUGCCUACAAGAAACUUUGGCUCCUCCUCAAUCUCGGCUGUGUAUUUGUCGGUCACUCUCUAGCCAAUGAUUUCCGUACCAUCAAUAUCCACGUUCCAAAGUCCCAGGUUGUGGAUACCUCAAACCUCUUCUUCAAACCAGACUUCAAGCGUAAACUCAACCUCAAGUUUUUGGCCUGGUGUGUGUUGAAGGAGAGUAUUCAGCAGGACACACACGAUAGUAUCGAGGACGCGACGACGGCGUUGAAGCUAUGGCGGAAAUACGAAGAGUUUGUGGAUGCGGGCGUGUUGGAGCAGAUGCUGAAUGAUAUCUACGCAAGGGGCAGCCAGGUGAAGUUCAAGGCGCCUGGAAGCGCGGACAAGGCCGUGGGAAACGGACAUCGUGCAAGUGGAAGUGGGAGUGGCAGUGGCAGUGGUGUUAGGAUGGACACGCCAGACUCGGUGGGUGGGUUGACGACGCCGAAGAAGGGGAGUACGUUUGGUGGAGUGGGGUUUCGAAGUCCGAUGAGGAGGUCUUGA